AUGAGUUCGUCUCCAUCAGCGGUUAAUGCGGUAAUCGACGCGGAGAAGCCUUCGUGUCAGGAAUGUCGUCGUCGAAAGCAAAAGUGUUCUAGAGAUGACCCGUCAUGUUCGUAUUGUCUCCGACAGGAAGAUAUCCCUUGCGUAUACGAUGCGAAGAAAAACAAGCCAGGGCUGAAAGUCGGGGCAGUCGAAGCUCUCAGCAAACGAGUUGAAAUCCUUGAGCAAUCCUUUCACGAUCGAGAACAACAAGAAAAGGCUUUGAAAAAUACUGGCCAUGGUGAGCUCUCAGAAAAUACCGCCCAACUCAUAGGGGCCGUAACUGCUCUCGUCUCCGAAAUACAGGGGAUCACAACGAGACGGAGUCAACCGAAUGUCUCAGCGGCCCCCAUCAAUUCAAUUACGCCCCAAGACUCGGGAACCCAUGACACCAUUGAACAAAUUCAUGCCCCUAAAAGAAGAAGAUUAUCAACUUAUCAGUGUGUCUCGCCUGCUUCUAGUAGAUCGCAGCCACGAGCCGACUUGGCCGAUGACCAAAUCACCCACGAUCUCGUAGACGAGGCCGUUCAUUUAUACUUCGCCAAAGUCUUCUAUUGGAUUCCUUUGAUACACAGAUCUCGCUUCAAGGAUCAAAUCAAGUUGCCGGAAGGAAGAAGGAGAUUGAGUGUCGUCAUUGACGCCAUACUGAUAGCGACGCUACGCUUUGUGGAUCGUCACAGGCACUCACUAUCUGAAGAAGACAUACUGCGUCUGACAACUGAGAAGAGGAAAUCCGUGCUUAUUGCUGCCAUGGAUAACCUGAGCAUCGAGAACUUACAAGCGCUUGUUAUCUUGGCGUUCACUGACAUUGGCCACGGAACUCCAAACAGAUCAUGGUCAAUAAUUGGAUCAAUGACCCGAAAUGCCGAAUAUUUGCAACUGACCACAGAAGAAUCUCAACGAAACAAAACCAGCACAAGGCGUUUGAGUCCACUUCCGACGACGGACGAUUGGGUAGAGCAAGAAGAGGGGAGAAGAAUAUUCUGGAAUAUUUUUAAUCUAGACAGAUGGGAUGCCAUCAUUGAUGCAAACAAAAUAAAUCUUAAGUUACCAGCCAACGGGAGCUAUUGGUAUGCAGAAGAGCCAGUCGGGUGUCCGUACUUUAAUAUUGGAGAUGACUCGGGAAUUGAGAAAUCGGACAAGUUUUCUACCCGUACCGGCGAUCAAUCUCGAUCUGACAUUCCUGGGGAUGCUGGAAGUCCUAUACUGAGCAACGAGUCAUCCGGCGGAUCUUGGCUUGGUGGCUUCGCAUAUUGUAUAGAAGCCUCGGAACACCUUCGUCGGAUCUCGACAUUUGUACUUCAAAACGACAACUUUGCCAACCAGAAAGAUGUACGAUCUUGGUUGACCCGUUUCAAGGAACUGGAUCUUCAACUGGUCCAUUGGAAGAUGUUUCUUCCUCGAAAAUGGAGCGAUCCAAAUCGUGCCCCGAACACUUCCACCGGACCCAGAGAUUUGGACCACAACAUGACCCUUGCGCAUGUCACUCAUAACACAUCGAUGAUACUGCUUCAUCAUCGCAUCGCAUAUCCCCCCGCCGGAUGGUGUCACAACGUUCCUCUGCCCAGCGCCUGUAGCGCAGAAACAUGUCGACUAGCAGCCACCAAAACCAGUAACAUUAUGGAGAAAUGGCUCAGCAUCUGCCCAGAAGAAAUCAUUGUGGCUCCUCAGAUGGCCCUAUGCACGUUCAUUAGUGCCCGGCUUCUGAUUCUUCACUGGCGAAACGAUAACAAGAAACUCGAUCCCGAAUUUUGGGUUCUUGUUAAGAGCCUUGAACAUAUGUCGAGGCGUUGGGAAGGCCCAAGAACAGGCAGCAUAGAACUUCCGCCUAACCUUGCGGGCAAAUACUCAAUAAACUUAUGGAAUCUUUAUGAGAAAUUCAAUGCAGAGCCGAACUUUGAGAUCAAUCUGAUUUACUAUCAAGAUGAUCUUUUUUACUCCGGAGCAUCGCAUACACCGAAGGACAUUCCCGAUCGAAAUACGCAGCAAACACACCAUCUUGGAAUUAAUGACGCAGGAUCUUCACAAGAAGCUCCAUCAAUUCCGAGUGAUCUCGUUCCUGUUCCGUUUGAUGAUGCAGCGGGCCAGCUAGUAUCGUCUUCGCACCAACAAGAUUCCUCAUCUGGGCGAGCCCCAAGCUCUUCCACGAUCCACUUACCACUGCCAACACCAUCUACUCAUGAAAGCACUCAUGUCACUGUUGGAAACGGAUCAUCCUUUUCUAUGAAUACCGCUAGUCCUUAUCCUCCAGAAGGUCUGAUGGAGAUUUCACAGGCUCUGAUGGAUCAGAGAUUCUCUGAACUGGAUCGAAUCAUCACUUUAGACGACUCAUUUUUUGAAGCAGCCGCAUUGGCACCUAGCAUGCCCUUACUUCCGAUAAGUGAGUGGAAUACCGAGAACAUAAAUGGGCAAUACUAUUCAAAUGGUGGAAGGUCAAUGUAG